AUGGCGACGACAUCGAACAUGUUUCUUUACUCGCUGACUAUCCAGCCGCCAACCACCAUUUCGCAGGCGUUGCUGGGUCAGUUCUCGGGGACCAAGGAGCAGCAGAUUAUCACGGCCUCGGGCUCGCGCCUGACACUUCUUCAGCCCGAUCCCAGGCAGGGCAAGGUCAACACUGUGUUGUCGCAUGACAUCUUUGGCAUCAUUCGAUCCAUUGCCUCCUUCCGUCUCGCUGGCAGUCACAAAGACUACAUCAUUCUCGCCACUGACUCUGGCCGCAUCGCGAUCAUUGAGUACCAGCCCAAAACAAACAGAUUCUCGCGCAUUCAUCUCGAGACAUUCGGGAAGUCGGGCGUGCGUCGCGUCGUCCCAGGCCAAUAUUUGGCUGCCGACCCCAAAGGUAGAGCGUGCCUCAUCGCUGGCGUCGAGAAGAACAAGUUGGUCUAUGUUUUGAAUCGGAACGCUCAGGCCGAGUUGACUAUUUCAUCACCGCUCGAGGCACACAAGGCUGGAGUUCUGGUUCUGUCGCUCGUGGCCCUCGACGUCGGUUAUGCCAACCCGGUCUUUGCCGCCCUCGAAAUCGACUACUCCGAAGCCGACCAGGACCCGUCCGGCGAAGCAGGCAAGGAGCCCGAAGCCCAACUCGUUUACUACGAGCUCGACCUGGGUUUGAACCACGUCGUACGCAAGUGGUCAGAUGCCGUUGACCCAACUUCCUCGCUUCUCUUCCAGGUCCCGGGUGGUAACGAUGGUCCCAGCGGCGUCCUGGUGUGCGGGGAGGAGAAUGUCACCUACCGCCACUCCAACCAAGAAGCCUUCCGCGUUCCCAUACCCAGACGGCGUGGUGCCACCGAGGACCCGCAGAGAAAACGGACCAUCGUCGCGGGCGUGAUGCACAAGCUAAAGGGUAGCGCGGGCGCCUUCUUUUUCUUGCUUCAGACCGACGACGGAGAUCUGAUGAAGGUUACGUUGGACAUGGUCGAGGAUAACGAUGGUAACCCUACUGGUGAGGUCCGUCGUCUGAAGGUCAAAUACUUUGACACGAUACCCAUCGCGCAAAGCUUGUGCAUCUUGAAGAGCGGUUUCCUGUUCUCCGCCGGCGAGUUCGGAAACCACCACCUUUAUCAGUUCGAGAAGCUCGGCGAUGACGACGAGGAACUGGAGUUCUCGAGCGAUGACUUCCCGACAGAUUCUCGGGCGUCCUAUAACCCCGUCUACUUCCACCCUCGCCCGCUGGAGAACCUGGUGCUCGUCGAAAGCAUGGAUUCCAUGAAUCCCCUGAUCGAUUGCAAGAUUGCGAAUCUAACAGGCGAGGAUGCGCCACAGAUCUACACGGUCUGCGGCAACAGGGCGAGGAGCACUUUCCGUAUGCUCAAGCACGGUCUGGAAGUGUCCGAAAUUGUCGCAUCAGAGCUGCCCGGCACGCCCGCCGCGGUCUGGACGACUAAGCUGACCAAGUAUGACGAGUACGAUGGCUACAUCGUGCUCUCUUUUACCAACGCAACGCUUGUUUUGAGCAUUGGCGAAACCGUGGAGGAAGUCACGGAAAGCGGUUUCUUAACUAGUGUACCAACUCUGGCGGUCCAGCAACUAGGCGAGGAGGGCUUGAUCCAGGUCCACCCGAAGGGCAUCCGGCAUAUCGUUCAAGGCCGCGUCAACGAAUGGCCAGCACCCCAACACCGAUCGAUCGUUGCUGCUGCGACAAAUGAAAACCAAGUCGUCAUCGCUCUGAGCUCCGGCGAAAUUGUUUACUUCGAGAUGGAUGCUGAUGGGUCGCUGGCUGAAUACGAUGAGAAGAAGGAAAUGUCCGGUACGGUCACGUCCCUCAGUUUGGGAAGGGUACCUGAAGGACUUAGGCGGAGUUCGUUCCUAGCUGUUGGAUGUGAUGACUGCACGGUUCGGAUUCUCAGUCUUGACCCCGAGUCAACUCUGGAGAUGAAGUCCAUCCAGGCUCUCACAUCAGCACCGUCAUCUCUCCUGGUCAUGGCCAUGGAAGACUCAACCGGGGGCAUGACAUUAUACCUACACAUCGGCCUGCACUCCGGCGUUUACUUGAGAACCGUCCUGGACGAGGUCACCGGCGAGCUGACCGACACCCGGCAAAAGUUCCUCGGCCCGAAGCCGACGAAACUCUUCCAAGUCUCGGUGCAAAACCAGCCAUGCGUGCUUGCGCUCAGCUCGAGGCCAUGGCUGGGUUACACCGACCCCAUCACCAAAAACUUCUCUAUGACACCACUCAUCUACUCUGAGCUCGAAUUCGGCUGGAAUUUCAGCAGCGAGCAGUGCCUGGAAGGCAUGGUUGGUAUCCAUGCCAACUUCCUUAGGAUUUUCACAAUCGAGAGACUCGGCGACACCAUGAUACAAAAGUCGAUUCCCCUCACAUACACGCCCAAGCGGCUGGUCAAACACCCCGAGCAGCCGUACUUUUACACCAUCGAAUCAGACAAUAACACUCUACCCCCAGAAUUGCGGGCGCAACUCUUGGAGCAAUCAGGGGCCGUCAAUGGAGACGCAGCGAUUCUGCCACCGGAGGAUUUUGGGUACCCCCGUGCCACAGGCAGGUGGGCAUCCUGCAUCAGCGUUGUGGAUCCUCUCGGCGAAGAGCCCAGCGUGCUCCAAAGAAUCGACUUCGAAGGCAACGAGGCCGCCGUGAGCGCGGCGGUUGUCCCUUUCUCUAGCCAGGAGGGCGAGAGCUUCCUCAUCGUCGGCACUGGAAAAGAUAUGGUGCUUAAUCCACGAAAGUUCAGCGAGGGGUACAUCCACGUUUAUCGAUUCCACGAAGACGGGCGAGAUCUUGAGUUUAUUCACAAGACCAAGGUCGAAGAACCACCGAUGGCUCUGAUCCCUUUCCAAGGGCGCCUGCUUGCCGGUAUCGGCAAGACACUCCGAGUGUACGAUCUUGGCCUCAGGCAAUUGCUCAGGAAGGCCCAAGGGGAAGUGGCGCCACAGCUCAUCGUGUCGCUCCAAACCCAAGGCAGCCGAAUCAUCGUUGGUGACGUGCAACAGGGUAUUACAUAUGUCGUCUAUAAACCCGAGAGCAACAAGCUCCUCCCGUUCGCCGACGAUACCAUCAACCGGUGGACCACGUGUACCACCAUGGUCGACUACGAAUCAGUGGCCGGCGGUGAUAAAUUCGGCAACAUCUGGAUCCUGCGCUGCUCGGAACGAGCCAGCCAGGAGAGUGACGAACCGGGCUCCGAGAUCCAGCUCCUCCACGCCCGUAACUACCUACACGGCGCGCAGAGCCGCCUGAGUGCGAUGGCGCAUUUCUACACGCAGGACCUGCCGACGAGCAUCGUCAAGACGAACCUGGUGGUGGGCGGGCAGGAUGUACUGGUCUGGAGUGGGAUCCAGGGCACGGUGGGCGUACUGAUUCCGUUUGUUAGUCGCGAGGACGUGGACUUCUUCCAGAAUCUCGAAAGCCACAUGCGGGCCGAGGAUCCGCCGUUAGCGGGGCGUGACCAUCUGAUCUAUCGGGGAUACUAUGUCCCUGUCAAGGGGGUGAUUGAUGGUGACCUCUGCGAGAGGUUCAGUCUCCUGCCGAACGACAAGAAGCAGAUGAUUGCCGGGGAACUGGACCGCUCCGUGCGGGAAAUCGAGCGGAAGAUCUCGGACAUCCGGACGCGGUCUGCUUUCUAG